AUGGUUGAAAAAUAUUCGGCUUUUAAAGAAAGCAAUUGGAUUAAUAGUUUAACAGCCAGCCCUGAAAAAAGAAAUAUUCGUGGCAGAAAGCCUCCUACAUGCCCUCCAACAAAUCAAAAUAAACCAGAUAACGAUGAACUUUUCAUGAAUUUAAAUAAUACUCCAAAGAUAUCAAUUCAUGUCAGUUCAGGUAUUGAGGAUAUUUUAUCUUUUACAUCUUUUACUUCAAAAUCCAAAACACCCAAGCCGAUUCGAAAAGAAAGAUCUUUGAGUAAGGGUGAAAUUGCAGCUGAAGCACUAUUUAAAAGAGCUGAAACAAUGACACAGAAGAAAAACAAGAUGGCUGAAAAUUAUUUAUCCCAAACUUGCACAUUUAAACCUCAAAUUGACCAAAAAUCAAUAAAUAUUGUUAAAAAAGCUUUACAAGAAGGAAGGGAUAUAAAAAAUAUUUCAAAAGAGAGAAAAAGAGAGGAAUCAUUAGAGAGGAAAAGAAGCGAGUCGUUAGAGAAAAAACAAGCAAAUGGAAAACUUGCCUUGAAAGGAUUUCUCGAAAGAAAUUAUAAUCGUAAAAUUGAUCAAUUAAAAGAAAAAACUGCUUAUACGCCACCGCCGCCGAAAGAUGGGUUUGAAGAAUGUACGUUUACACCAAAGAUAAAUCAAGCAUCGGUAGAAAUGGUAAGAUCAAUAGAUUUGUAUCAAAAAGCGCUACUAUCACAGAGAAAAAUAAAUGAAAAAAGAGAAGAUCAAAAAUUAAAGGCAAGGGAAGAAGAAAUGGAACCAUGUACAUUUCAUCCUGAAUUAUUUAAGCCUUUAAUUAUGUCUCCGAUGCGAAGUAUAACACCAAGAUCUUCAACUCCAAAACGAUAUUCAGAAACAAAUAGUCCUAGAUUCAGUACUAAUAUAGAGUUUUAG